AUGGGAGAUAGAGAUUGGAGACCGUUCAUUUACGGCGGCCUAGCGUCGAUUGUUGCAGAGUUUGGUACAUUUCCUAUUGACACAACCAAGACUCGGCUACAGAUCCAAGGACAAAAGAUAGAUCCUCGACAUGUUGAGUUGCGAUACACGGGAAUGGUGGAUUGUUUUGUUAAAACAUCAAAACAAGAGGGUGUUAAAGCACUUUACUGUGGUAUCUGGCCAGCAGUACUUAGACAAGCAACAUAUGGCACUAUUAAGUUUGGGACAUACUACUCAUUGAAGAAGGCAUUUGCUGCCAGGAGGGCUGACGGUGGUACUCGAGAACACUUAGCAACUAACACAUUUUGUGCUGCAUUUGCAGGAGGACUGUCUAGUGCAAUAGCAAAUCCUACUGAUGUCCUUAAAGUUAGGAUGCAGGUUGGUGAUGAGAAGCGCAACAUAGUGCGUUGCUUCAUCGAUAUACAUAGGAUAGAAGGGGUGGCAGGACUAUGGAGGGGCGUAGCACCCACUUCGCAACGAGCGGCAUUAAUCGCAGCCGUGGAGUUGCCCGUGUAUGAUGCGUGUAAGCGUCGGCUUACUGCCCCGUUAGGAGACCGACCUCUUAAUCAUUUUGUGUCUAGUCUGCUCGCUAGUCUUGGUAGCGCUGUAGCCAGUACACCACUUGACGUUGUUAGGACGCGGCUUAUGAACCAAAGAAAAGUGAGGGAUCCAAGUAUACAGAUAUACAAAGGGACCGUUGACUGCGUCGUACAGACAGUACGCAGUGAGGGUGCGCGUGCGCUGUACAAAGGCUUCAUACCAACAUGGCUCCGUAUGGGGCCGUGGAAUAUUAUCUUCUUCCUCACCUAUGAGCAGCUUAAGGCGCUCUACUAA